CUGAGGAGCGCGGGCCGGAGCCGCUGCGGCAGGGCCUGGGCGGGGACAGCAGCGUGGACAGGCCUCGCUCAGGGGCCGCAGACAGCGAGAACGACCCAGAGCAGGGCUGUGAGAUGCCUGGCACUCCACAGCCGCCGUCUGGCCACAUGGAAGGGGCCCCCACGUCGGAGUCGACCCCGUGGCCCCCGCUGCCCUGCGGGCCCUGUAUCCCCAUCAUGCUGGCCCUGGCGAGCCUGGCCGCCCUCUUCCUCCUGAUGACAGCCGUGUUGGCCGAGCGCCUGUUCCGCCGUUCUCUGCGUGCAGCCCCCAGGGAGCUGGCGCCCACCCUGGUGUGGCGCCCCGGUGGAGAGCUGUGGAUCGAGCCCACCGGCACCGCCCGGCAGCGCUCUGAGGACUGGUAUGGCUCCGUGGUCCCCCUGCUGACCGAGAGGGCCCUGGACCCGCCUAGCCCCGGAGGUACCUUAGAGCUCAGAGCCACAGCGCCCCCGGACCCCUCAGCCCCACACCUCCUUCCCAGGCCCUCGGCCCCCCAGGUCCCACCCAAGGCCCCCAAUGGUAGCACCUUCUGGGGGCCCCCAGCCUGGAGGGCCAGGCCCCAUGGCCCCGGUCUGGUGAGCUGGACAGAGCCUGCCCCGCAGCCAGAGACCAGCACCCACGUGGGGAGCCCCCCGCCCUGGAGGCCGCGGCCAGGCAGCCCCGAGCCGGACUGGAGUCUCCAGCCCCGGGUCACCCAGGAGCAGAUCUCGGCUUUCUGGAGGCGUGAAGGCCGCACCAGCAUCGGGUUAUGA